AUGGCGCACGCGUGGCUCGACUCUCUUUCCGAGGACUGGCCCUCGCAACCGGGCUCAGAUGCCUCGCCGCCCCCUCAACUCCCUCCACUUAAUUCAAACGAGAACAGCGCGGUUGCCCAUGGAACGGCUCCGACUAGCAGGUUGCCACUGCCCAUGAAGACGGCGCCGACAGCCAAUGCCAAUGACGGCAGCUUCACUAUCCUCAGCGAGCGCAGCACCAACGAGAGGAAUCUUCCCUCCUCUGCGCGCAAACCCUCCAAACUCUCUAACGAGAUCGACGCCGGUCCCGAUAGCCGCUAUGCGAGCCGAACGUUUUCUGCCUCGACCACCGGGUCUGUGGUUCAUAACACGGUAAACCACCGAUCGGUCAGCGCAUCACCCAACAAAAAGGGCCACACGCCAGAAUGGAAGCGACGUCUAGUGUAUGGGGAGGUGCCCUACGGCGAGCAGCAAGAUCUUUUCCAAUCCGCGGCUACCGGGCUAGAGAAUAUGUUCAAGCCUCCCCCCCCACCACAAGAAGGCUCUGUCGUCGAUGACAGUCGACAGCACUCGGGCAUGCCUUCCAGCCCACCUAUCUAUCGCCCUGCCGAACCUACUACACCAGUAUAUGACGAUGAUGACGACGAAGAAGGUAGCGUCGUGCAUGCGGUCGAGGGGAGCCCCAGCCCCAGCCCACGAAAGCCUCGUGAAAUGACAUACAAAAUGGUCGAUGAGUCGUAUGAUGCGAGCAGCCUCGACGGCUAUAGCACACAAGGACACAGCCAACAGGCUGACUCAAUAGCUGAAGAGAGCCUACCGGUGCGCGUAGCAUCUGCCAAUGGUCUUGCGCCGCCGACCGAUGCGUCAAGGAAAACCAGCGGACAGAGCGUUGUUCGUAAUGAGGACUUCAGCCCCAUCAUGCUCACGAAGCAGGUCGGCAAUGUCGGCCAGGUUGACUUUGCGCCUGUCGAAGUACCGGCCGAUCAGCUAAAGAAUCGUUUGGAAAAAUUGCGCAUCAACCAGAUGCUGCUGGGACUCGGUGGUUUCUUGAACACUCGGCGUGGCGGUCGAUCUGCUGAGGGAUCUUUCCGACAUCGCCUUCUCAGCCCAGGCAUGUCUGGAGACACGUCUGACAUGCUCCCGGAGGACUCGCUGCAAGCUAGCACCCCCAAGCAAUUCCCCACCAUCCGCAUUAACGAGGAAGGCUUCGGCAGCCAUCGUUUCGCGUCUGAGACGCCGCCUCAGCUUCGCGCACCCUUUCCGAGUCCCGAGAAACAGGACACCAACCCUCAGUCCAACGGCGGAAGCCCGCUCAAGCUCUUCGGGCCAUACGACACGUUCACUAACCAGACUCUUCCUACGCCGCAUCAGCCAGUUUGA